GGCAGCCUUGUUUAUUUAGUCAGUUGUUUUGCAAUGGAUUCGCUACUAAUGCUGCUGCUGCUGCUGCUGCCACUGGGUCGUGGCAACAACCUGGAUGACUUCCCUGGUCUGGAGAAGAUACUGUUGCCAGCUUCGGCGCAUAUGCGUGUUGUUGGUGGCGAAGCGACGACCAUCGAUAAAUUGGGUGGUUAUAUUGUCGCUCUGCGCUAUCUAGGCAACUUCGUUUGCGGUGGAGCUUUGCUCAAUGAACGCAUUGUUUUAUCGGCGGCACACUGUUUUAUUGGGCGCCAAAAGCGGUACCAAUGGACCAUCGAGGGUGGCAUCUCGCGACUCGAUGAAAAUGGUACCAAAGUGGUAUUGAAGGAGUAUAUAGUUCCCAGUAUCUUCGAUGAAGACACAAUGCACAUGGAUGUCGCCGUACUGCUGCUGUCGGAGCCACUGAAAGGUAAAAAUAUUGUUCCAAUAGCUUUGUGCAACCAUCAUCUCAUCGAAGGCCGCGAUCUGACCGUUUCGGGUUGGGGUUUAACUGAUCCAAGAGCAACACUGGUCCAGCAGCAACUUCGCACCGUUAUCGUCCCAGUUGUUAAGAAAAGUAAAUGUAAAAAGGUCUAUAAAAAGUCAUCCAAAAUAACCGAUGCCAUGUUCUGUGCUGGGCUAAAGAGCGGCAAAGAUGCGUGUACCUUUGAUUCGGGUGGUCCGCUUGUCUACUAUCCACCCAAUGCCGAGAAACAGCUCUGUGGCAUCGUCUCAUUUGGCAUUGGCUGUGCCAGUGUCAAAUAUCCUGGCGUCUAUACGGAUGUCAACUAUGUAAAACCGUUCAUUUUAGCCUCUAUCGAUACACUAAAUAGUUUGCCUUAGCGAGCACAUCUAGAUCAUAUAGAUCUACAAUUAUUAAAGAAAAUAAACCCUAUAAGCUGAUGCCAAGAAUUCAUGGCUUACUCGGCCUUGUCCCAAGGACUGCCUUGCAAAAUGA